AUGGACAGGUGUAGCAAGUUCCGAGUGUUCAAUGUGUUGUUGGUUGUGUGCGUGGCCAACUUCCUCUUGUACCGCUACUUUAGCCAGGCCGGCAUGCCUACACUUUCAGGGCUAAUCUUCAAAGAUGCCUCCCUCAGGGUGACACCUGACAGUUCAGCAAACUCUUCCGGCAGUAUCCUCACACUGAGUAGACUCACAAACGGUACAACACCGGCCUCAUUUUCUCACAGUGCCCACAACUCCAGCCUUGGCUUGCCACUGUGCCCACUAGUGCCUCCUAGUCUCAAUGGCCCUUUGGCAACAUUCAAAGAAGCAUCUUCUUGGGAGCAGAUAGCCAAGGAAAACCCCGGCCUGCAGCCUGGUGGUCGCUACAAACCACCUGACUGUGAGGCUCGGCACAGAGUAGCUAUUGUGAUACCUUACAGAAACAGGGAGGAGCAUUUGAAAAUACUGCUGAAAAAUCUACAUCCCAUGUUGAUAAGGCAGCAGCUGGACUAUGGCAUUUUUGUUAUAGAUCAGGCAUUGCCAGGUAAAUUCAACAGAGCCAUGCUGAUGAACAUUGGCUUUGUGGAGGCUAUGAAGCGAUACGACUUCCAGUGUGCAGUGUUCCAUGAUGUGGAUCUUAUUCCUGAAAAUGAUAAAAAUAUUUAUUCUUGCCCAGAGAUGCCCAGGCAUUUAUCAGCUGCCAUAGAUAAGUUUAACUACAGAUUACCUUACUCUGGGAUCUAUGGCGGUGUCAGUGCUGUCACCAAGGCACAGUUUGAAAAAAUGAAUGGCUUUUCUAACAUGUUCUUUGGCUGGGGUGGUGAAGAUGAUGACAUGGCUGCCAGAAUUGCACAUGCUGGCUUCAAGAUCACCAGGUACCCGAUGGAGAUAGCCAGGUAUAAGAUGAUUAAACAUAACAAUGACAGAGGCAAUGAGCAGAACCCACAGAGGUUUGCCCUGUUGAAGACCACUGCCAAACGUAUGGCCACAGAUGGGUUGAAUUCACUCAAGUAUUCAGUCCCAGUAGUUGAGGAGUUACCUACACAUCUGAGGAUUCAGGUUUUAAUCAACGAACAAGAUAUACUCAAGGGAAAGAUGUAA